UCCGUUUUUGUUUCUUUUUUCGAUGUUCUAUGGUUGCACUUAACCAAUGUUAGUAUUAAACGAGACCAAUGGUUGAAGUAAUGUGGUUUUAUAUGCUAGGUUAGCGUGCAUCAUCUACACAAGUAUCACUAGUUUCGCGGAAAUGAUGUUUGGGAGCAAAUGUUUCUUUCAGCUUUUUGACAUUUUCAGACAGGGAAGCUGUAAGGCUCUACCAUUCAGUACAAGACUGUUACACUCUGGUGGUGCGACACAAACAUUCUCUGGUCAACUAACAUCUGGAUUCAAGAGCUUGAAUCUUCUCCAAAUUGUAAAGAACAGAUUCAACUACACAUCUGUUACACCCCUGUCACAAUUAGCUGGAAGGAACACUUUACAACAGUCUCAUCCUGUCCUUGGGCAACCAGUUACACAUCAACUAUGCAGAAGUGAAAUUAGCAAACAUUUGCAAGGAAAUGGGGCUUGGGGAUAUAUAUUUGUGCGUACUAAUGUUAGAUGCCAUUUCCCCAGACCAUCCGAGUUUAAGAGAAUUAAAAGACAUGGCUUGAAAGUACGCAUGUCAACUGCUGCAGGAAGAAGAAUCAUCAUGCGUAGAAUUCUGAAGGGAAGACAUGUUCUUUCUCAUUAAUAGUACUGCAAUCAUACUGUAGUUAAUUGUAUUUUACAGAAAAAUUAUAUCAAUAAAUACAUCUUACAAAACAA